CGCUCGUCAGCCCCUGAUCACAGAGCAGAAGGCCUCGUUCGAGACCAGGCUGCCGCGGAGCGAGCAAGAUGUGCUGCGAGAAGUGGAGCCGCGUGGCCGAAAUGCUCCUCUUCAUUGAAGACCUGGCGGAGGAUUGCAAGAUCCGUUGCCUCUGCUCCAGGGCGUUUGUAGAGGACCGAAGACUGUGCAAUUUAGGAUUAAAAAACUUCUAUGUUAAAGGAAAUAACAAUGCAGGUGAUCAGGAUACAGAAGAAGAAGAUGGUCAUUCUCAUGGCAAUGCAGCAUCACUUGACAGCAACAAUGUAGACCUCGAUGAAAGUGAACUUGAUUCUGAGGCUGAACUCAUGAAAAGUAUGGGACUACCACUUCAAUUCGGUGGAGUGUCUGCACAUAAGAAUUUUGAGGUGUCUAUGAAUGCUAGAAAUAAAGUUAAAAGAAAAAAGAAAAAGAAAAAACAUCAAAAGAAGGACUUAGAUGAAAUUGUGAGAGAAUCGUGCAGAAAUGAGUAUGAUGAAGAUGACAAUUUGGCCCCAGAGAGUCCAUCCUCAUUAGGACAGUGCGAGGACAUGAGAACAUGUGAACUUCAAGGCAAGAAUGACAUUGAAACUGAACAUCUUCCUAAUGAAAAUGCAUCAUCUCCAAAGCUGGACAUUGCAGAGAAAUGGGAAAAGUACUGGAACGAGUAUGGAGAAGGGCUGUUAUGGCAAAGUUGGCAAGAAAAGCAUUCAUCUCAAACACUAUCUUCUGAACCUUGGAAAUGUCCAGAUACAAAAGCAGAAUGGGAGCAACAUUAUAGUCAACUCUAUUGGUAUUAUUUGGAGCAAUUUCAGUAUUGGGUUGCACAGGGGUGGACUUUCGAUGCUUCCCAAAACUGUGAUACAGUUACUCCUGAAUCUAAAACCAAAGGUCACGAGAACGAAGAUGAAAAUUGCACAGAGGUGGACGUGAUGUUUCCAUCUUUAUCUCGUACAAUUAGUAAUGAAAGCUCUAGUUCAAGUGAUGAUGAGCAAGACGAAAUACUUGAUGGAAUGAGUAAUAUAACUCUAAAUUCUGAAGAAGUAAAACAAAGCCAGCUGGAGUGUUCGGUAAAUGUUGGUGGUCAGCAGCAGCUAAUUGACGAUAAUAGGAGACGAGAAUGCCCUGCUUCCAGCCAAAGUGAGCCGUGUAAGGGUGGAACUCAGAAAGGCAACGAGUCUAAUAAUGGACACCCUAACUCACCAGCUCAGGAUUCGCAGGGGUCUUCAGGAACAAGCACAAGCAAAGAGAAACCACACACCAGUGGUACUGAUGGAGACGAGAGUGAAGAAGAUCCACCUGAAUGUAAACCAACCAAGCUCAAGAGGAGCCAUGAAUUGGACAUCGAUGAAAACCCACAUUCAGACUUACAUGAAAAUGGUUGUCUUCUAGGAUUCCAGCAUGGCUCCGGACAAAAAUAUGGUGAGAUUUCAGAUUUUAGUCAUCGAAAGGUCAAAUAUCUGGAGAAGAAUGUGAAGUAUAAGUCCAAGUUCCUGGACAUGCGAAGACAAAUAAAUAUGAAAAACAAACAAAUCUUUACCAAAGAAUUUUGCAAGAAGAGCAAAACUUUGAGUAAGGUAGAAAAAUUCCUAAAAUGGGUUAAUGAGCCAAAGGAUGAAAUGGAGGCGGACGCAUCACAGAAGUCAUUUUCUCAGGACAACAUCCAAGACUGUUGCACAAGCAGUGAUUCAGAGGAACAGGUACCUGUGACAAAAAACGGGGAUUCCCUGGAGACUAGUAAUCUAGAACCUGACACAUGCCCCAGCUUGUCUUCAGCUGGCAGAGGUGAAGCUCAAGAAAACGAAGGAGACAACCCAGUAUGGACCGUGGCGGAAAAGCAAGAUUGUGUCACACAGCAGAGGCCAGAUUCUGUUCUGGUAGAAAAUGAAGCUGAAAUUAAGAAGAAGAAAAACAAGAACAGAAAGGUGAAUUGUUUACCUCCCGAAAUAGCUGCUGUUCCUAAGCUGGCAAAAUACUGGGCCCAGCGGUAUAGACUCUUCUCCCGUUUUGAUGAUGGGAUUAAAUUGGACACAGAGGGUUGGUUUUCUGUGACUCCUGAGAAGAUAGCCGAGCACAUUGCCAGCCGAGUCAGUGAGUCCUUCACGUGCAGCAUUGUAGUGGAUGCCUUCUGUGGAGUUGGAGGAAAUACCAUUCAGUUUGCCUUGACAGGAAACACAGUGAUCGCCAUUGAUAUUGAUCCUGUGAAGAUUGAUCUUGCUCGAAAUAAUGCAGAAGUUUACGGGGUAGCAGAUAAGAUCGAGUUUAUCUGUGGAGAUUUUCUCCUGCUGGCUUCCCACCUAAAGGCAGACGUUGUGUUCCUCAGCCCUCCUUGGGGUGGACCAGACUACGCCACUGCAGAGACCUUUGACAUUAGGACAAUGAUGUCUCCUGAUGGAUUUGAAAUUUUCAGGCUUUCCCAGAAGAUCACUAAUAAUAUUGUCUAUUUUCUGCCAAGAAAUGCUGAUAUUGACCAGAGAGUGGACCCUGCUGCUCGGAAGGUGCUUACAGUGUGGCUGAGGAGCGGCUGCUUUCUCAAGCGGAGAGUCAAACGUGCUGAUGUGAGUGGACUAAAGCCUGUGGCGGUGACGCCUUCGGGGUCUUUAUUGGCUGAAGGAGCCUAA